UAGGCGACUGUAGCUUCAGAGGCGGACAGCGAUCUGUGGACAUCCUCGCGCACUGGGAUUAGGUUGAAUGAGUUGGCUAUAUAGAGCUCGCCUUACAUAACAACUAGUAAUUUUGUUAGCUCACUGUACGCUGGCUCUGUGUAAAUAUUUUAUUCAAAAUAAGAACAACGCAAACGUCUAUUUGCAUUGUGGAAUCUACGUUUUUUCCCCUCACUGAAAGGUGUCAAGUGUCGUUACGGAAAAUAACUGAAGCCUGCACUCAUAAUGUCAGUUGUAGGUAUUGAUGUGGGUUUCCAAAAUUGUUACAUCGCUGUUGCCAGGAGCGGCGGCAUUGAAACAAUCGCCAAUGACUACAGUGACAGAUGUACACCGGCUUGUGUGUCUUUGGCUUCUAAAAACCGUAUCAUUGGAAAUGCAGCCAAGGGUCAGAUCAUAACAAACUUCAAAAAUACUGUCCAUGGUUUCAAAAAGUUCCAUGGAAGAGCAUACGACGACCCAUUUGUCCAAGGGGAGAAACCCAAACUGCCUUACAGCUUACACAAGCUGGCAAGCGGCAACACUGGGAUCAAGGUGCGCUACCUGGAUGAGGACAAGGUGUUCACUGUUGAGCAGGUCACAGGCAUGCUCUUGACCAAGCUGAAGGAGACAUCUGAAAGCGCUCUGAAGAAACCAGUGGUGGACUGUGUCAUCUCUGUCCCAAGUUUCUUCACAGACGCAGAGAGGAGGUCUGUGAUGGACGCGAGCCAGAUUGCCGGCUUGAACUGUUUGCGUCUCAUCAACGACACCACAGCAGUGGCUUUGGCUUAUGGGAUCUACAAGCAAGACCUUCCCAGUCCAGAAGAGAAACCUAGAAAUGUGGUGUUUGUGGACAUCGGACACUCAUCCUACCAGGUGUCUGUCACCGCCUUCAACAAAGGCAAACUCAAGGUCCUGGCCACAUCUUUUGAUCCCUACCUGGGUGGGCGUAACUUCGACGAGGUGAUGGUGGACUACUUCUGUGAGGACUUCAAGGCGAGGUAUAAGCUGAACGUGAGGGAGAACCCCCGAGCUCUGCUGAGGCUCUACCAGGAAUGUGAGAAACUCAAGAAGCUUAUGAGCGCCAACUCCUCAGACCUUCCUCUUAACAUCGAAUGCUUCAUGAACGACAUUGACGUGACCGGCAAGAUGAAUAGGGGCCAUUUUGAAGAAAUGGCUGCCCAACACUUGAUGAGGGUGGAGACACCAUUGAAAGCGAUCAUCGAACAAUCAAAGCUGAGCAGGGAUGAGAUCUACGCAGUGGAGGUUGUGGGAGGGGCCAUCCGGACUCCGGCCAUCAAGGAGAGGAUCUCCAAGUUCUUUGGCAAGGAUCUCAGCACCACCCUGAAUGCAGAUGAGGCAGUAGCCAGGGGCUGUGCUCUGCAGUGUGCUAUUCUCUCCCCAGCGUUUAAAGUGCGAGAAUUCUCUAUCACUGAUGUGGUUCCUUAUUCCAUUACUCUGCGCUGGAAAUCUCCCACAGAGGAUGGAGUGGGAGAAUGUGAGGUAUACAGCAAGAACCACGCUGCUCCCUUCUCCAAAGUGAUCACCUUCCACAAGAAAGAGCCCUUCGACCUGGAAGCCUUCUACAGCUGCCCUCAAGAACUGCCUUACCCAGACACCAGGAUAGGUCGCUUUUCGGUGCAGAACGUAGUGCCGCAGCCAGACGGAGAUUGCUCCAAAGUAAAGGUCAAAGUUCGCGUCAACGUGCAUGGCAUCUUCAGUGUAUCGAGCGCCUCCCUGAUUGAGAAGCAGAAGGGCGAAGCGGACGAUGUCCAGAUGGAGAUGGAGCCGGCCGUGCAGAACGAGGGCCGUCCAGAGGACCAGAUGAAAAUGCAGGUAGACCAGGAGCCUCAGAACCUGGGAGAACAGCAGAAUGAGGACACCAGUUCCAGCAACAAGGAAGGGUCUCAGCCACAGGAGGUAGCUGCAGGGGGAAGCAAGCUGAAGGUCAAGGUGAAAAGUGUCGAUCUCCCCAUCCUGGCCAACACCACAAGACAACUGGACAGGGACAUGCUCAAUGACUUUGUCGAGUUUGAGGGCCAGAUGAUCGUCCAGGACAAGCUGGAGAAGGAAAGGAACGAUGCUAAGAAUGCCGUGGAGGAGUAUGUGUACGACCUGCGGGACAAACUGUGUAGCAUCUAUGAAAAGUACAUCAGCGAGGAGGACAGCAGCCGGCUGACACUGAUGCUGGAGGACAUGGAGAACUGGCUGUACGAGGAGGGUGAAGACCAGGCGAAACAGGUCUACGUAGACAAGCUGGAAGAGCUCAAGAGGUUUGGCCAGCCCAUUCGGGACAGACACAGAGAGCAGGUGGACAGGCCCAGAGCAUUUGAGGAGCUGGGCAAGAAGCUACAACUAUACAUGAAAGCUGUGGAGGGUUACAAGCAGAAGGAUGAGCGUUAUCAGCAUCUGAACGGCGAUGAGAUGAGCUAUGUGGAGAAAAGUGUGAAUGAUAACAUGGGCUGGAUGAACAGCAAGAUGAACGCCCAGAGCAAGCUCACCAUCGCCCAGGACCCUGUAGUCAAAGUAGCAGACAUAAUUUCCAAAAUACAAGAACUGGAGGAUGUGUGUCAUCCAGUGAUCAACAGGCCGAAGCCCAAAGUCGAAGACGUCCCCGAGGACAGUGAGAAGAGUAACGGAGCCCAUAACGGCCCAGCCAGGCCAGGAGCAGAGGCCAAGGGUACCCAGCAGACGAAGCCUCUCUCUGGGGAGAUGGAGGUGGACUGAGUCCCUCUCCGUCACACAACCAAGCUCCUUUUGACAUCCCUCUAGCUGUCAUAACACCAUUUAGAGUCAUGGCCUCCCCUUAGAAACAUACUGUUAGAAUCCCGAGACCAUUUUUCCUUGUCAACCAACCACGUCACAGGCGGUUUGUGAAUUCUGUUUAAAGUGUAUACCCGUGUUUUUUUUCUUUUCUUUUUACAUUUCCUUGUGUUGAAACAGUGUGCUUCAUAACGUUAUGGGCCAGUUACUCUCCAAGGAGUUGAACACGUGAACUAAAACUGUAAAAUAAUAUAAUUAAAUAGAUUGAACAAUGCUUGUCCUUCUUAAAUACAGGUAUGUGUUUGCAUUUUGAGUCCCAUCAACAUCAGAUCACUGAAAUGAAACAUCGUGCAUACACCUUGUAGUGGAAUAUGAGUAGAAUUCCUGUUUGAACAAUUGCUAUGACUGAUGAUAUUAUUAGCUAAAUAUGUAUACGAUACAUAUUAUAUAUAUUUGUAUUCAAUAUAUGGGUUUGAAAGGAUGUCUAUGUUUAGAACCUGUACAUAUUAUUUUAGUAAUUUAAACUGCCCCUUGCAUAUACAGUAGUAUAUGCACAGUGGUACAUUCCUAGUGGUGAAAUGGCAAUGCUUGAUAUCCCAUCUGUUGGUGGCAACUUACAGUUAUGGGCAGCCUAUUUCCUUUUCUUGUUUUCAUGCAUUCCCAUAUUUAAGUUGUGGGAUUUAAAGAUGGCAAAUAAUAAACUCAUCUUCUUCAA